GCGGCGGCGGGGAGCAGGCGUCGCGGGGUGCACCAUGCGGAGCCUGUGGCCGCCGCGUCCGGUGGCCGCGGCGCUGUCGGCGCUGGGGAUGUCGACCUACAAGCGGGCCACGCUGGACGAGGAGGACCUGGUGGACGCACUCUCCGAGGGCGACGUGUACCCCAACCACCUGCAGGUGAACUUCCGAGGCCCCCGGAACGGCCAGAGAUGCUGGGCCGCCAGGACCCCGGUGGAGAAGCGGCUGGUGGUGCUGGUGGCGCUUCUGGCGGUGGCAGUGGUGGCCUGUCUGGGAGUGCUGGGCAUCCAGUACCGGACAAGAACGCCCUCGGUGUGCCUAAGUGAGGCCUGCAUCUCAGUGACCAGCUCCAUCUUGAGCUCCAUGGACCCCACGGUGGACCCCUGCCAGGACUUCUUCACCUAUGCCUGCGGAGGCUGGAUCAAAGCCAACCCCGUGCCUGAUGGCCACUCACGCUGGGGGACCUUCAGCAACCUCUGGGAACACAACCAAGCCAUCAUCAAGCACCUCCUCGAAAACUCCACAGCCAGCGUGAGCGAGGCAGAGAGGAAGGCCCAGGUGUACUACCGAGCCUGCAUGAAUGAAACCAGGAUUGAGGAGCUCAAGGCCAAACCCCUGAUGGAGCUCAUCGAGAAGCUCGGCGGUUGGAACAUCACGGGGCCCUGGGACAAGGACAACUUCCAGGACACCCUUCAGGUGGUCACAUCCCACUACCACACCUCACCCUUCUUCUCCGUCUACGUCAGCGCCGACUCCAAGAAUUCCAACAGCAACGUGAUCCAGGUGGACCAGUCUGGCCUGGGCUUACCCUCAAGAGAUUAUUACCUGAACAAAACCGAAAACGAGAAGGUGCUGACGGGGUACCUCAACUACAUGGUCCAGCUGGGGAAGCUGCUGGGCGGAGGGGCCGAGGACACCAUCCGGCCCCAGAUGCAGCAGAUCCUGGACUUUGAGACGGCGCUGGCCAACAUCACCAUCCCCCAGGAGAAGCGCCGGGACGAGGAACUCAUCUACCACAAAGUGACGGCAGCCGAGCUGCAGACCUUGGCACCCGCCAUCAACUGGCUGCCCUUCCUCAACACCAUCUUCUACCCUGUGGAGAUCAAUGAGUCAGAGCCGAUCGUCAUCUACGACAAAGAAUACCUGAGCAAGGUGUCCGCCCUCAUCAACAGCACAGACAGAUGCCUGCUGAACAACUACAUGAUCUGGAACCUGGUGCGGAAGACAAGCUCCUUCCUCGAUCAGCGCUUCCAGGACGCCGACGAGAAGUUCAUGGAAGUCAUGUACGGGACCAAGAAGACCUGUCUUCCCCGCUGGAAGUUUUGCGUGAGUGACACAGAGAACACCCUUGGCUUCGCCCUGGGCCCCAUGUUCGUCAAAGCGACCUUCGCCGAGGACAGCAAGAACAUAGCCAGCGAAAUCAUCCUGGAGAUCAAGAAGGCAUUUGAAGAGAGCCUGAGCACCCUGAAGUGGAUGGAUGAAGAUACUCGGAAAUCGGCCAAGGAAAAGGCGGACGCGAUCUACAACAUGAUAGGCUAUCCCAACUUUAUCAUGGACCCCAAGGAACUGGACAAAGUGUUCAAUGACUACACCGCCGUGCCAGACCUCUACUUCGAGAACGCCAUGCGGUUUUUCAACUUCUCCUGGAGGGUCACUGCCGACCAGCUCCGGAAAGCGCCCAACAGAGAUCAGUGGAGCAUGACCCCGCCCAUGGUGAACGCCUACUACUCGCCCACCAAGAACGAGAUCGUGUUUCCUGCCGGAAUCCUGCAGGCGCCCUUCUACACCCGCUCUUCACCCAAUGCCUUAAACUUCGGCGGCAUUGGUGUCGUCGUGGGCCACGAGCUGACUCAUGCUUUUGAUGAUCAAGGCCGAGAGUACGACAAGGACGGGAACCUCCGGCCCUGGUGGAAGAACUCGUCCGUGGAGGCGUUCAAGCAGCAGACCGAGUGCAUGGUGGAGCAGUACGGCAACUACAGCGUGAACGGGGAGCCGGUGAACGGCCGGCACACCCUCGGUGAAAACAUCGCGGACAACGGGGGCCUCAAGGCGGCCUAUCGGGCCUACCAGAACUGGGUGAAGAAGAACGGGGCUGAGCAGACGCUGCCCACCCUGGGUCUCACCAACAACCAGCUCUUCUUCCUGGGCUUUGCACAGGUCUGGUGCUCCGUCCGCACCCCCGAGAGCUCGCACGAAGGUCUCAUCACCGAUCCCCACAGCCCCUCCCGCUUCCGAGUCAUCGGCUCCAUCUCCAACUCCAAGGAGUUCUCAGAACACUUCCACUGCCCGCCCGGCUCACCCAUGAACCCACAUCACAAGUGUGAAGUCUGGUGAAGGGCCAAGCACCCCGAGCCGAGAUGGAGGGCGAAGGGGGGCCCAAGAACAUGCCCCCCGGGCCCACAAGACUGCCCCCUCCAUCCGGCAGCCAGCCCCCUCCCCCGACACUGCAGGGUGGUCAGCCGGAACCAAGCCUGUGAUGUGAGCUCUCACCGUAAUCUGAGAUUUGACCCCCUGUGAAGACCCGGUCAUCCCAGGCACACGUGUGUCAACUCUGAUGGGUGUUGGGGCAUCAGCCACGUUGCCCACCGGGUCUGGACCCUCGCCGACAAGGGCAGGGGGGCCCAGCCCCCUCCGCCCACAUGCAGCACCAGAUAUACCACAAAUACCACUGUGUCAAAUGCUUUAAAGAUAUAUUUUUGGGGAAACUAUUUUUUAAACAUUGUGGAAUACACUGGAAAUCUUCAGGGAAAUGAUGCAUUUAAAACACUUUUUUUUUUUUUUAAGGAAAGGAUCGGUAUAUUUAUUAUGUUCUCUUUUUCUAAAUAACCUGUGGACAAGGGAAAGCCCCUGACUACCCCCCCUCUCUUCCUUCCUCGCUACAAGGUUGGGCUGAAGCAGGAUUCCCAGCCACCGAGCAGGUCCCCACGUGGAGAGGUGCUUCUUCCUUUGGGGUGUGUGGUUCCAGCCCCCUCCCCUGGUUCUUGCUCCCAGCAGAGGGAGGGGCAGCUCGUUGGCAGCUCCCCCCGGGGGUGCCUGCCUCUGAACCCAGAGUCCAUCAGGGGGACCCCCAGCAAGGAAACUCUGGCCCCCAGACUCACACUAGGGGACUGAUGGCUGCGUGAGGCCAGGUCUGUGCCCUCCACCCCAGCCUGGAGGUGCCUGAGCACCCCGGCCCCGGGUCAUGAGCCCUGCGAGGCUGACACCCCCCGCCAGAGCCCUCUGCUGUGCCAUGGGGCCCUCUCUCCGUCCCCUUGCUUUUGGGCGCCUCCGUCAGCCCGGGACCCGUGGCUGCUCUGCAGCGCCCCAUCCCAGCCGUUUCGGAGUCUGCCUUGCACACCUCUUCUCCCCGGGGAAGAAGAAAAGAGAAAGCAGCGCUCAUCGCCCCGGGCCUGGAUCCUCCCUUGGGCUCUGACCUCCACCACCUCCCUUCCUGGCUCCCAGGACCCCUGCCAGCCCCAGCCUCCCCGCUCAGUGCCUUAUCUGGGGCUGCACCCCUGCCGGAGGAGACCGCCCUCUGCCCCCAGGGGCCCUCGGCAUCCCCAGGGAGCUCCCGCGUGCCCUGUCUGGAACACCAGGCCAUGCCCUCCGACCCAAGGCCCACACAGCUGCCCCUCACGGCUGCCCAGCGGCUCGGCUGGCCGGUCAGCGGCACCGCAGCCGGGAGUCUGGGGACCCCCUGAACGUGCCCCGGGCUCCAGCCCACCCUCAGCCCCUUGGCUGAGUGGAGACAGUACUGGCCGUGGACCCUCCUCUUCUUGGGGGGUGCUCUUAGCCCGGGGAGGGGGGUUCAGGGGGCAGGCACGGUGGGUCUGGCCUGAGGUGUCAGGGCACCGGGAAUGCGUCUCCUCCGCGCGGCCACAGCUUGUCGGGAUGGCCGCAUUGGGUCGCCCCGACCGAGCGGAGCUCACGGAGCCCCAGGCCGGCCCCCUGGGGAGGCGGGCGCCCCCAGAGGAGACCCGCCGCCCCCAGAGGAGUCAGUCCUCCCGGGAGGAGCAGACGGCAGCUCGGCCACCGCCAGGCGCCCUUUCACCCGCCCUUGAGCUGGGGCGGGGGUCGUCGGGGGGCUCCAGGUGAGGCCCUGGCCCCCACAAGCGGCGGCCGGGGGCAGAGAAGGGGCGGAGUUCGGAGCCUGCCUCUCAUCCCGCCACGGAGGGCCGGCUCUCGGGGGCCGGCCAGGCUCUCUCCUGCCCUCCAGCCUCCCCAGAGGAGGGUCCCAGCCCCCUAGUCUGGGGACUAGGACCCCCCAGCGAAGGCAGGCGUCCCAGGGCCGAGGGUCCAGCCAGAGGCAGGGCAGGGAUGGAAGCCAGGGGAGCCCCACCCCCGAGCUUUGGGCAGCCGCCCUCUGAGCCGCCCUCCCUCCAGGCCCGGGGAGCCCCGCGGGGCCGGCGCCUCUGCGGGGACAGGGGUGUGGGGUUUGCAGCUGGGGAUCUAUUUUUUUGUAUUAUCACGUUUCGUGCUACUGUAGUCCUGUGUGGCACCAUUGUAACUGAAAUAAAGUACUUACACCGAA